AUGACUGUCCUAUCUCCACCAGCCUCCCCAUCCACGCCUUCGAGAAAGCGGUACUCGCUACGCUUGUCCAACGUCGAGCUCGCGUCCCAGGAAGCCAUCUCGACCAGUCCGUACACCAGCGGAACCACAAAUGGCACGGCCUACUCCAGACGAUCAUCCCGGACUUCGCAGACCUCGUUUCAGCCGCGUUCUCCCGUAACACCGCGCCUCAUGUCGUCCAAGUCCUCCAGACCACCCUCUUUCUCCCAACCGCGUCGGUCGAGUAGGACGAGCCUCCACAGCAACCUGAGCAUCGAACAACUGCGGGACAACGGGCUUGGAAGUCUGGCGGACGAGCUAGGUCAGGCUUGGGACGACGAGGGAGAAGGACAGUCUAGUUUCCUUGAAGGCUUAAGAGAAGGCGACGUGGAGCAAGAUCCAGACUCGUCCGUGAUGCAAGAUCUUCAGAGUCCAUACGCGAUGAAUGACAUGCACGAUUUUGGGUUUGGCAUGGUGGUGCAAAGUCCGCCAUCUGCUUAUGAGCGACAACCUCCGACGUUGCAAGUGCCGCAAGACCCGAACGAUGGGUUACCGACGCACAGGCAAUCAGCACAUAAACGCCAUGAAUCGGCUUACGAUGGAUCAGAUUACGGUCCAGACUCAGAGGUCGAAGACCAAGAGGACACCCUCCCGCCCAUACUCAGGAAACGGAUCCGGGACAUCGAGACCUUGACACGGUUGAGCGCCAAUCCAGAAGACGCGCUCAGUGAGGAAGGGGGAACUGUCAAAAGAACAAUACAGAGCUUGAAGGAUUUAGGGCCACAGGGCAAUAUUGAAUAUGGUGUCACACGGCUGAUCACGGCAUAUACCUCGAUGGCGUCGCACCGCACCCAUAAAACCCGCGACUUGUUUGCUCAAACCCACUCCUUAAUGUAUGGCGGCAUGCUCCAUCUCCCCGAAGAGAUGAUCGACUUGCUCCUGGACGAGAUCGGCGAACUGAACUCGACGAUUCCCUUCCUCAGGCCGCAAAACCCGUUAUUGUCUCUGCAGAUUCUGGCCUCGCAAACCGAAGAGCUGGGCCAGACUCUUCGUGCGUUGACCGACUUGCUUCAAGAGUCUCGGCUGGCCGCCAACGCCGCUACCCGCAAACUCAAGUCUGUUCGUGACAUGGUCGAGGACGUGCGUCUGGAGGAAGAAUUGGUGGAGAACAGUAUUCUGCUGAUCCAAGCGGGAGACUGGGAUCGGAGGUGCAGAACACGACAGGCCGCCAAAACGUGUCGAGACAUCUGUGCAGGGUUCGCGGAGAGAUGGGGAGUCGAGGUCGACACCGCAUCGACGUCGUCGACCGAACCCCCUCCAAGGCAGAAGCCGCCUGUCGAAGUCUCCGUGUCAAGUUGA